CUCCUAAAACCAGGGGCGGAUUUACUAUGGGUUCACUGGGUUCAGGUGAACCCAGUGAUUUUUGAAAAAACAUUGCCUGGUUUUUUUUUUAAAAUUAAAAAUAUUUUUGAUAUUAGAUAUAUACUAUAUGCGUGCAAAAUAAAACAUGAAAGAAGCAUGUGUCCCAGUGGUUUUGUAUCUUUACACAUAUGCGCGGUCUGGGGUUCGAAACUUAAUACAACCUUUUUUUUUUUUUACCUUCCCAUUUCUUUUCCCCACAAACCCAGCCAAAAUUUUUCGUUUUUCUCCCAAACCCAAACCCUAACUAGUAACUCCCUAGAAAGUAGAAACGAGCCAAAGCCACGUCUGACGACUGACCAGCGACGCUGCGCCGGCCCACGGCCUUCCCCACCGCGACGGCGAACAAGCAGGCAGGCGGCAGCAAUCUUUCCAGCCGUUUGAAAGGGUUGGAAUCCUGGAUACGCCACUGCCUAAAACCGAUGUAAAAGACGGAGAAAUCCUAGAAUGUUUGGCGAAAAUGUGGUGCAAUGGACAUCAAACAUCAAAUCUUAUUCAAAAAAAGGAUUGUUUCACAAAGCCCUAUCUUUAUUCCUUAAGAUGCGAAAAGCUGGAAUUGAACCAAAUGAAAUCACUUUCUCAACCACCUUAACUGUAUGUUCUCAAUCAACCAACAAAUUCUUCGGUUUAAGUUUGCAUAAUCUAAUACUAAAAAAAGGGUAUGAAAGACAGCUCUUUGUUUGUGGUGGGCUGAUUUCAAUGUACUUUAACAAUGGCCGAAUACGCGAUGCUCGCCAGGUGUUUGAUGAAAUGCCUGAACGAGAUGAAGUUGUGUGUAAUUUGAUGAUAGCAAAGUAUUCACAGAAUGGGUUUAGCAAGGAUGCUUUUAGGUUGUUUUGUGGAAUGUUUAAUGGGUGUGUUCAUUGGAGAGGUUUUGUUAGUGAUUUUAGUCUUGCUAGUGUUGUUAAUGCUUGUGCUGAUCACAAGGGUUUUUGUAGAUUGGGUGAGUCUGUGCAUGGUUAUGCAAUGAAGAUUGGUUUUGAUUCGAAUGAGUUUGUCGGUAGUUCUCUUGUUGGUAUGUAUUCUAAAUAUGAUGAGUUGGGUAGUGCUCAUGCCGUGUUUGAUAAGUUGGGAAGUAUGGAUGUUGUAGUGUGGAAUACUAUGAUUACUGGGUAUGCUCAAAAUGGUUGUGAGGAAGAAGCUAUGGAACUCUUUCUUGAGAUGGAAAUUCGAGGAUUUUCUCCUAAUUAUACCACCUUUUCGGUUGUUAUAGAUGCUUCAUCUGUGAUGCCUGAUGAAACACUUGGCAGAAAACUUCAUGCUAAAAUUUUGAAAUCUGGUUUUCUGUGUGAUGUUUACUUGGGUACUGCAAUUGUUGAUUUGUACUCGAAGUUCUUGAUCAUGACUGAUGCUGAAAGAGCUUUCUCUGAAAUGUCCAAAAAAAAUGUAAUAUCAUAUAAUGCACUAAUAACUGGCUAUGGUUUGAGUGGUGAUCAUGAAAAAGCUCUUAAAAGUUAUACACUGCUGAGACUUCAAAGAAUGAAACCAGAUGCUUGCACCUUUAUCGGCCUUUUGACAUCUACUGUCAAAUCUUGUGCCUUUGUAGUAGGGGAAAAAGUUCACUCAGACUCAAUUAAGCUUGGCUUGGACCAAGAUGUUUUAGUUAGAAACUCAAUUGUGAAUUUCUAUUCGAAGUGCGGGCGUAUUGACUCUGCGAUGAAAGCUUUUGAGACUGCACAGGGGAGUGAUAUAGUAUCUUGGACGGCCAUCAUCUCAGGACUUGUCCAGAACAACGAACAUACAAAAGCUCUUGAGCUCUUCUGUGAAAUGCACAAGCUGUCGGAAAAAGCAGAUGAAUUCUCCUCCUCUAGUGUCAUCAAGGCUGUAGCUAGUAUGGCAGCUGUUGCACAAGGAAGAAACCUGCAUGGGUAUGUGCUGAAAGUGGGCCUGAGUGACCAUAUAUUUGUUGGAAGUGCACUGAUUGACAUGUACUCCAAAUUCGGGGUUGUGGAAGAUGCACUUAAAUUGUUCUCCGAGAUGCCUGACAAAAAUGUUGUCUCAUGGAACUCAAUGAUAACAGGUUAUGCUCAGAAUGGUUUCUCUGAUGAAGCUCUAGACCUAUUCGAUAAAAUGGUGAGGAAUGGGAUAUUGCCUACUUCAGUAACUUUUGUUGGGGUUCUCCUUGCUUGUUGUCAUGCAGGACUGGUUCAAGAAGGUAGGCGCUAUUACCAUCUAAUGGGAAGCCACUAUGGAAUUUCACCUUCUGUAGAACACUACUCCUGUAUGGUGAAUCUCCUAGGUCACUCUGGUUAUGUUGGUGAGGCAGAAGAGUUUCUUCUUAGUUCACCAUUUAAAGAAGAACAUGAAAUUUGGAAGUCUCUCCUGACUUGUUGUGAGGCACACAGAGAUUUUGAUGUUGCUGCUCGAGUUGCAGAGUAUUGUUCACUCUUAAAGCCCAAUGACUCCUCUACUUAUACCAUUCUCUCCAACAUAUAUGCAACUAAACAGUUAUGGUCAGAAGUUGAAAGAACAAGGGAUUCCAUGAAGAUGGCAGAUAUUGUGAAGGAACCUGGGUGCAGCUGGGUUGAAGUUAAGUGA